AUGAAAUUCUCAAUCUCAGCACUGAAGCAGGUACAACCAAUCUUGAGCUUCAAGAACAAACUCUCCAUAGUCAACGUCAACUCUUUUCUCCAUCCCCAAGAAAAAGUCGUCUUCGUGAUGGGAGCCACUGGUUCCGGUAAGUCCCGUCUAGCCAUCGACUUAGCAACUCGUUUUCGUGGAGAGAUCAUAAACUCCGACAAGAUCCAACUCUACAAGGGCCUUGACGUCCUCACAAACAAAGUCACUCCUCAAGAAUGCAGAGGCGUGCCUCACCACUUGCUCGGAGUAUUCGACUCCGAAGCUGGAAACCUAACGGCCACCGACUUCAGCAGACUUGCGUCACAAGCUAUCUCAACACUCUCAGCUAACCACAAGCUUCCUAUAGUAGCCGGUGGAUCAAACUCAUACAUCGAAGCACUUGCGAGUCUUUCGUCUGCAUUCUUGUUAAACAACUAUCAAUGCUGUUUCAUAUGGGUCGACGUUUCUUUACCGGUACUUAACUCCUUCGUCUCGAAACGUGUCGACCGCAUGAUGGAAGCAGGAUUACUUGAAGAAGUGAGAGAAAUAUACAAUCCGACAGCGGAUUAUUCUGUCGGGAUACGACGAGCUAUUGGAGUCCCGGAGCUUCACGAGUACUUACGUUACGAAUCUUUAGUGGACCGUGCCACACAAAGGAAGAUGCUUGACGUAGCGGUUAAAAACAUCAAAAAGAACACAGAGAUAUUAGCUUGUCGACAGUUACUAAAGAUUCAACGACUUAGCAAGAAGUGGAAGUUGUCUAUGCACCGUGUGGAUGCAACGGAAGUGUUCUUGAGACGUAAUGAAGAAGAAUCAGACGAGGCUUGGGAGAAUCUUGUAGCGAGACCGAGCGAGAGAAUCGUUGAUAAGUUUUAUAAUAGCCGAGUUAUGAGAAAUGAUGAUGUCGAACAUUGUUUGAGCACCAUUGGAGCGGCGUCUUACGGCGGAGGAAGUGGAAAUAGGGUCCACAAUAUGAUAUGA